UCUCGCAAAACGUGCGCGCCAAACGAACGACUUGUUGUUGCUGGCUAGCGCUAUUUUAAACAAAAGUGCCCCAUUUUGCAAUGGCCAUAAAUCUGAAAGCAACCAAAGGUGAUGUAAAAAGCGCCCUUGCCGAUCCGCUCCAGCUUCACUACAUUCCAGCCUCGAUCAACGGCGAUGGGCCGGCCAACGUGGAAAAGUUCUUCACACCCUACACCGAGAACCAAACGGGUGGAGUGCUACAAAACGCUCUCCGUGGAUAUCCGCUCCUGGGCAAAGAGAUGACGCUUCCGGAGGGCUACACGGGAGUGAUCUUUCAGGAAACGAAGAAACCUCUCUCGAGUGAUGACGAUCGGAACUUUACUUUCGGAGGUGCCUUCCGUACGCUCACCUACUGGAACUACGACCGCAAUCCGACACAAAACGAUCCCUUCUCGAAGGCACUAAACUGGCUGAAGCUAUCGGAGGCUCUACACGGCGAAGAGGAAGACAUUGACGCCCCAAAGCCAGAACCUGCGUCCUCGAAGACGAAUAAAGUAAAACAGGAGAAGGGCACCGCCUCCUAGAAUGCU